AUGGCGCCGCCGGCGCUGAUCCACAUGCGUCUUGAGGUACUCGUACAGCGGGAACUGGAUCACCGUGAACGGGAUCUCGCGCAUGAUCGUGGUGCCCCACCCGCGGUAGAGGCCGUUCAGGACGCCCUCGCCAGAAACGUUGCCGAGGAUGUGGCGCAGUGCCUGUGUAGAGGUGCGGAACUGCAUCGACUGGGUCCGCUGCUUGAUCACCUCGGCGGGGACUCUCACCAUGCAGGCGGCGACCUCGCCGCACGACGCGGCGGCCAUGUGCGACACCGCGGGCGGCGUGCCGCCGUUUAUGAGGCUGCGCUUGAGAGCGUCGUAGGUGACGAAAAACAGCGACGCGGAAGGAGCAGAGGCCACGACGGCCGACCCGAGCCCCCGGUACAGGCCCCGGAACCCGCCGUUCUUGAGGAAGCCUCCGUGCGCCUGGACGCGCGUCUUGAUGGUGUCGAUCGGGAAAAACGCCAGGUCGGUGGCCGUUCCCGCAGCCCCGCCGCUGACCAGCGAGAUGGUAAACUCGUUCAUUGA